AUGAAGCUGAAUGAACGGAGCGUGGCCCACUAUGCCACCUGCGACUCGCCCGCCGACCACACCGGCUUCCUACGCAAGCGGGUGGAGCGACACCCCCACCAUUCCGCGGGUGGUGUCCCCUUCGCCAUCCGCUUUGAUGACGCCGGCGCCCGGGCGUACGUGCUGGUGGCCGACGGGCAGGCUGCCAUGGAGGCCUGGGUGAAGGCGCUUUCGCGGGCCAGCUUCGACUACAUGCGGCUGGUGGUGAAGGAGCUGGAGAAGCAGCUGGAGGAGGCCUGCAAGAGCUUGGCCGCUUGCCGCAAGUCUCCGCGGAGGUCCUCCUCCUCUGGCAGGAAGAGGCAC